CGUAAUGUGUCGCCAUUUCUAUUACUGUGAAAGGGGCGUGUGGGGGCAAAAUGGCGGCGGCCUCCUCCAUCCGGGUGACCGUGACCCGCUGCCAGCCCGCCCUCCUCCGCCGCCGCCUGCACACCGACAGCACCGACCGCGCACCGGGCCCGGCCAAGGCUAUCAGCUUCUGCCCUCCCACGGACUCCACACACGACUGGAUUGGUCCUCCUGAUAGAUAUUCCAAUCUUCGACCAAUAAAAUUCUUCAUUCCAGCAGAUGAGUCUCCGUUGGGAAGAAAACUCCGGGAACUACGACAGGAAACACAAGACUGGAACCAAAUAUUUUGGGCAAAUCAGAAUGUGUCAUUUAUUCGGGAAAAAGAAGACUUUAUUGCUGCAAGACUCGGUGCGUUGGGUCUGGGACUCAGAGAUGAAGAAGGCCGCAAAAGGACGCUGGAUCCAGAAGUGAUGGCCGAGUUCUACAAGGAUUUCCUAAGCAAAAACAUAGAAAAGCAUGCACAUUACAACAGGGAAUGGUAUAGAAGGAACUUCAGCAUUACCCUUCUUAUGGGGCAAGUGGCAUUACAGAGAGCCUGGCAGAAGAUUUGGUGGAAACAGAAGAAAGCAGGACAUUGAUAAGACUGAAAUAAAUAAAUACUGUGAUUUACGUGAAUAGCUUCCCAUGGGGCACAUUGGCUGCUGGCAAUACAUUACUACCCCUGCUGAAGUUUCCAGAGAAGACCAGCCGUGCGAUAGCAUGGUAUAGAAAGGGAAUGAGCAUCUUCAUCCGGAGCAACUGCGACAGUGCAAAGAGUUUUCAACAUCUGGUCUUCAUACUCAAAUCUAAUGUCAAAUAUAAGCCGUCUGGGCGAGCAUUGCACUCCUGUCGUGAUAUUAAAUCAUUUAUAAUCUUUUA